AAACCCCCACCAGGCGUAAAUACCGCUGACAGUGUAGUCGGGCCGGGGAGCGUAGACCUGCGCGAGCAGGGAUUUUAUUACUUUGCGUUCAGAUCAAAAAGUCCUUUUUCCAAUAAAUAUUGCUUUCCAACUUCAGCUACAGUGAUAGCUAAGUUUGGAAAGGAGGAAAAGGUCUUUUUAGUUUUUUAUUUGCAGAAAACAUUAUCAGUGCUUGCACGCUCGCUGCGAAAAACUGCCGUCAGAUAAAUAAGGAAACAAUAUUCAUAAGCUUAUUAUUUUAAAAAUAUGGAAAACACUGGAUCAAAGAAAUGCAGUUAUGAAUCAGCUGCCAAAUUUUUUACUUCGGCGAAGUUUCUUAUUUACCUCGGACACGCUCUUUCCACAUGGGGGGACCGUAUGUGGAACUUUGCCGUGGCUGUCCUCUUGGUUGAGCUGUACGGUAACAGCCUGCUUCUCACGGCCGUCUACGGCCUGGUUGUGGCUGGAUCCGUAUUGCUGCUUGGAGCCAUUAUCGGUGACUGGGUGGACAAGAACCCCAGACUCAAAGUUGCCCAGACUUCUCUUAUCGUCCAGAACUCUUCCGUAAUUCUGUGCGGCAUUCUCUUGAUGGUGGUGUUCCAGUUUAAAGAAGAUCUCAGACAAAUGUACCAUGGCUGGCUGCUUACAGUGUGCUAUAUCAUGGUCAUCACCAUUGCCAACAUCGCUAACCUGGCCAGCACGGCCAUGUCCAUCACGAUCCAGAGAGACUGGGUGGUGGUGGUGGCCGGUGAGGACCGGAGCAGACUGGCAGACAUGAAUGCCACAGUGAGGAUCAUCGACCAGCUGACCAACAUCCUGGCCCCCAUGGUUGUGGGACAGAUUAUGGCGUUUGGGUCCCAUUUCAUCGGCUGUGGGUUCAUCUCUGGUUGGAACCUCUGCUCCAUGUGCCUUGAAUACACUCUGCUCUGGAAGGUCUACCAGAAGACCCCAGCGCUGGCUGUGAAGGGGGGGCAUAAAGAAGAGGCUCAGGAACUUAAACACCUUCAGGACCAGCAAGAUCCUCUCAGUGAGCAGAAGCCAUCCGAGGGCUCGCAGCUGAUGACUGAGGCAGCUGCGGUUGAGAAGGAUCCCACAAAGAAAGCUGGCUGCUUCUACCAGAUGUCAGAGCCCUUCCGCACUUUCAGAGAUGGCUGGGUCGCCUACUACAACCAGUCCAUCUUCUUCGCCGGCAUGUCCCUGGCGUUCCUCUACAUGACAGUCCUGGGCUUCGACUGCAUUACUACCGGCUACGCCUACACCCAGGGGCUGAAUGGCUCCAUUCUCAGCCUGCUGAUGGGGGCCUCCGCCAUCUCCGGGAUCUUCGGCACGGUGGCUUUCACCUGGAUCCGGAAGUGGUGCGGCCUGAUCCGCACAGGCUUCAUCUCGGGCUUGGCCCAGCUCUCCUGCCUCCUGCUCUGCGUGGUCUCCGUGUUCGUGCCGGGAAGCCCCCUCGACCUGACAGUCUCACCCUUCCAGGAGAUGGUCCGCCAACUCAUGGGGGACGGGGGUGUCUUGCCUGAGGCUAACCCCACCCCGCUGGCCAUGCUCUCCACCAGCAUGCAGAGCCUGACUAAUGGCUCCACCACAAUACACGAAAUGGAGGAGAUGGUGCAGGUGGAGUCCUACCUGUCUGUCAGCCUUCUCUUUGCUGGGGUCAUUGCUGCUAGAGUUGGUCUUUGGGCUUUUGACCUAACUGUGACCCAGCUGAUCCAAGAAAACGUGAUCGAGUCCGAACGGGGAAUCAUCAACGGGGUGCAGAACUCCAUGAACUACCUCCUCGACCUGCUGCACUUCGUCAUGGUCAUCCUGGCGCCGAACCCGGAAGCUUUCGGCCUGUUGGUCAUCAUCUCCUUCUCCUUCGUCGCCAUGGGCCACUUGAUGUACUUCCGGUUCGCCUACAAGAACCUGGGCCUUCAGCUCUUCCUCCGGUGCUCUGUGGAGCAGAAGAAAGAGGCAGACAUUCCUUCGCUUUCCUCUGUAGUGUAGCCCGACAAGCUGACGGUGCACUUUGGACGUAGGAUGUGUAGCAAGCCUGCCAGACCUGCUCUUAGUGAUGCCUUCGCUACUCUGAGUACAUUUAUUUUAAGCGCUUAACUCUGGCUUCAUGAAUCAUUUGGCCUUUUAUCACUUACUGUCCUGUGUUUGCCAGUAUCGGGGGUAGGGAGGGACACAUAACUCGAAACAGAGACGCGGGAGUCUCAGGUGUGCACAGAUCGGCUCAGUACAUCCUCAGAUGUUUCUGUUGAUCUUAGUCAAGGUGCUAAGAGCUGAAACACCGCAAUUCACUACCACUCACACCGCAGCACCAUGUUCAUCUGAUCAGCUGCCUUUCAAAACCCCCCCCCCCCCGCAGGACAUCUGCCAAUCCACUGUUUCACCCUUGUAGUGACCAUUUAUGAAGCUCAUUGCGUUAUUCGCUAUUUAGCUGUCUCAGUAAAAGCUUUAGUGUCAUUAUAAGACUCGUUUGCGAUAGAUAAGCAUAGUAGAUGUUCUCGUUUUUAUAAGCUGCUGUUAGGGUUUAUACACAAAUAUACAAAAAUGUAUCUGUAGGUGUCUACAUGUGCUGUGAACUCAUAAUCAGUAUUGUCCCUGUAUUGUCUAGCUCUAUAGUAAGUAUAUGUUAAAAACAUUUGUCAGAAAAGCUAUGCAAAAGGCUCUUUAUGUUACCAAAGAGGGACUCCUCUGUUAAAUAGCCAGCACCAUGUUGCCUAGGCAUUCAUUCCAGAAGUCUGUGUGUGAGAAGCAAUGUUAUAUAGUAGUAAAUCUGACCAUUUAAGCACAUUUAAGCAUUGAACAGCCACGUCUCGACGUACUCCUCAGAUGUUCCAAGAAUGCUUGUGAAUCUCCUGUGAUUGUUCAGCUAGCACUUUAGGUGGUUGUACCUUAUGGCGGGUCACCUUGAGGCAUACCCAGCAAAUGCGCUACUAGUCGCUAACUGUCUGCUUCGACUCUAGGUCCGUGCAUAUUCAAAAUUCACCAAAUGCGCACACAGCACUCUGUUAAGCAGAAAGCCAUUUUUGCACUGAAAAAGGCUGCCCCCCCCAAAGAAAAGGGAUGAGGAAUGAAGUUAUCACAGUUACCUACAUGCUCUUAUCCCUUCAGCCUGCGCUUGAGUGCACCAUGCUGUGGCCAGUGAUGGUCUUACGACAAACACACGUCCUCUUUAAAAUGUGGCCCCAGCAUCCCAUCUGCUAGAGAGAAAUGACCCAGAGUGUGUGGCAUUUUCUUAAAGCAUUAUUAGUACUGGCCUCAACUCACAGUGCAUGUGAAGGUCUUAUUGCCAAGAGGUGAUAUUUUUCUUCAUAGCUGGUUGCCCGUCUGUUGGGUUUACAUUGGAUCGUGGACUUAGGUUGCCUUUUGCAAUUGUGCUGAUGCCUCAGAUUCCUCGUCCAGAUCCCACGGAAACGUGUGUCACGGUUAAACACCAGCAUUAAAGUAAGCAAAUUCUCCAGAGAAGGUUUCAAAAUGCUAAAAUUUUCCACUUGGAGGAGUUCAGGGACAAGCUCACUUUUAAAUGAAACACUGUUUUUUUGUAGUACAUUAAAAUCAGCAAAACUCAGCCAGCGAAUACAAUUUACUAUACCUGUAAAUGUUCUAGAACUGUGGGUGUCCGUUUUUGUUUUAGGAUUAAGGAAAACGUUUGUAUUUUGAACAGCUGUUUUUAUAUAUUGGAAUAGUAUUGCUGAAAACUUAGAAUAUGUUUCUCAUUUCAAAGCAUCGUGUUUAGUUUUGUGGUGUUCAUAGAACUUGUAAGUAUAAAUGUCUGAAACCCAAAAGCCAAUGAUGAUCUUAAAAAAGCUGUAAGGAAAAACUGCAAUUAUGUUCCAGUGGAUAUAAUGUUUGUUAUAUAGUAAAAACAUAAUAUUGUAACUCAAAGUUCCACAUGAAGCUGUUGAACAUACAGUUACUGCAUGUUUUGUUCUGGUUUUUUUUCUAUACGAAGUAAUAAAGAUAUAAAAUGCUAUAA